AUAGAGGGAGGAAAAAGCUUUCUAGGCCGGGAGAACACCCCUGUGGAGGGGUGUAACUUGGCGCAUUACGGGGAACUAGAGAAAUGUGCACUUUUCCUAAGACAUCAGGAAGGAGCGAGGAGAGACUUAUCCAUUUUGUCCCAUAGCAGUCGCCAUAUAGUGGCAGACUGCAGCAACCUCGUCGCACUGAUUACUGGGAGCUGUAGUCUUGACGUUAGCUAGCUGGCAUGGCGGCCUGUAUUGCAGCGGGGUACUGUGCUGCAAUGGGCCUAGGCCGGAGUUUCCAAGCCGCCAGGACUCUGCUCCCCAAGCCGGCCUCUAUCGCCUGCAGGGUCCACGCGGGGCCUGUCCGGCAGCAGAGCACUGGGCCUUCCGAGCCCGGUGCGUUCCAGCCGCCGCCGAAACCGGUCAUCUUGGACAAGCGCCGCCCCGUGGAACUGGAACGCAGGUUCUUGAGUCCUGAAUUCAUUCCUCCAAGAGGAAGAACAGAUCCUCUGAAAUUUCAAAUGGAAAGAAAAGAUAUGUUAGAAAGGAGAAAAGUACUCCACAUUCCAGAGUUCUAUGUUGGCAGUAUUCUUCGUGUUACUACGGCUGACCCAUAUGCCAGUGGAAAAAUCAGCCAGUUUCUGGGGAUUUGCAUCCAGAGAUCAGGAAGAGGACUUGGAGCUACUUUCAUUCUUAGGAAUGUUAUCGAAGGACAAGGUGUCGAGAUUUGCUUUGAACUUUAUAAUCCUCGGGUCCAGGAGAUUCAAGUGGUCAAAUUAGAGAAACGGCUAGAUGAUAGCUUGCUAUACUUACGAGAUGCCCUUCCUGAAUAUAGCACUUUUGAUGUGAAUAUGAAGCCAGAAGUACAAGAGCCUAACCAAGAAGUUCCUGUUAAUGAGCUGAAAGUAAAAAUGAAGCCUAAGCCCUGGUCUAAACGCUGGGAACGUCCAAAUUUUAAUAUUAAAGGAAUCAGAUUUGAUCUUUGUUUAACUGAAGAGCAAAUGAAAGAAGCUCAGAAGUGGAGUCAGCCAUGGCUUGAAUUUGAUAUGAUGAGGGAAUAUGAUACUUCAAAAAUUGAAGCUGCAAUAUGGAAGGAAAUUGAAGCGUCAAAAAGGUCUUGAUUCUGAGAAUGAAUUUGGUUAGUUGCAGAAGAUACAUUGGGUCUAAGAGGAUAUAUUUUGAGACCAAUUUAAUUUCUUUUAUAAGAACAUAGUAAUUAAGUGAACUAAGCAUUCAUUGUUUUAUUAAUAAUUUUUUUCUAAAAUGAAACUUGUACACCAGUUUAUUACUCUAAAAAGAGAAUUACACAUGCCAAAUGGUCCGAUGUCCAUUUGCUUAUUGGAGGCAAAGCUACAAUAGAAGUCAGAGCAUCACUAGAAUGGUCUCUAAUAAGCAUGGAACCUGAGCAAAGGGAAUAGGUGGGAUGAUUUUUUUUAAAUUGUGAAACAAUUCAUAAGCACAACAAUGUAUGAUUUACAGAAUAAUAAAAUAAACAUUCAGGUACCCACUAUCAGGUUAAGAAAUAGAACAUUUAUUAAUAUCUAAGAAUGUUAAGAAAUAAAACAUUUAUUAAGAUCUCA